GCGAACUUCACCAAGGAGGAGUACGACUUGGCCUACAGCGAGUACAUCCGACUCGUGCAGGAGGAGGAGGCGCGCAUCUCGGACUCCUACCUGCGGGAGCUGGACGAGGAGGAGGACGACGAGGAAGAGCGAGACCUGCGCCGGGAGCUGGGCGAGGACCAGGGCACCGAGACCAUGCCCUCGCUCUCCGAUUACAGGUUCUACAGCACGGGCGUCUCUCAGCACUCCCGGAAACAUGGGCGUGGCCGACGCAGUGCAAGAGUGGAGGGUCAGAUCGUGCACUUCCACGUAGCAGUUCCAGUGCGCCGUGUUUAUUCGCACGACCUGGAUGUCAAACAAGCAACGUGUCGGUUAUGGAAGACUGGUGGUCCUGCGCCGGAGGAACCCGGCCACGAUUCUAUCACCGUCAGCGUUUUCAAAAUGGAUGACGGUGGUCGACGGAGAAGACGACGCAAGCAAGCUCCCGUUCUGAUCCAGUCACUGAAUGUCUCUGUGACGGGAGAUGAAUGGCUUUCCGUCGACGUGACGGAGGCAGUGAAGGAAUGGGUGAACUCGCCGAAAGGAGAGGCCGGUGUGCUGGUUCAGUGCCCAGACUGUCCUGCGGCGGGGGUGACGAUCCACACAGGUGCCAGCUCUUCCAACACCAGCUAUGUUCCGACUUUAGAUGUACAAACUCAAGUUGCUGCUGGUCGGAGAGUGAAGAGAUCGAAAGAACUAACUCGGGCCACAAAAGCAAAGUGGAGACGACGUGGGGACUGCAGAAACAAGCGCAGUGGAAACAGACGAUCUCGAUGCUGUAGACGGUCCAUGAAAGUUCGAUUCAAGGACCUUCCUAGUUUCGACUUUGUCACAUCUCCGGAGGAGUUCGAUGCCUACUACUGCAGUGGAAGAUGUCCGGCCCGUUUCAAUCCCGCAAACGAACACGCUCUUUUGCAGUCCUUACUCAAGAUGCAACGUCGCGAAGAAAUUCCUCGGCCAUGCUGUGCACCAACAGCGCUUCAAGGGUUGCACAUCCUCCAUGUCAAUGAACAUGGAAAGCUCACUACUACUUACUGGAGUGAUGUCAUUGUCACAGAGUGUGGCUGUGCCUGAGUGUCACAAGCUACACUGUGUAUUAGUCCAGUAGAAGCAGCAGCAGAAGACGGGUUGAGUCCCGUUUCGAAGGUUGCCCACAACAAAAGCAGCAGCAGCAGCAGCAGCAGCAGCAGCAGCAGCAGCAGCAGCAGCAGCAGCAGCAGCAUUGCAGCAACAGCAGCAGGUGGCCUACACUAGUCACUCCCACUACGCUUCCUAAAUCGCCAGGGCCACGCCAUCAGGUGAUCUAGCAAAUAAGAAGCAGUGAUCCUCAAGGUGUCAUGGCACCCUGGUUGCCUCGCCGUGUGCCCCACAAUGUGCUCUAUGUUCCGGUGUUCCGGUAUUCAUACGUACAUGACGGUGUUCCAGACCCGUGUUAUCUGUACGUUACUUUGUUCCUCCAUACAUCGUGGUGUUCCUUAGUUGACUGAUUUCCCGCAACAGUACAUUCCUCUCCACCAGGCAGCGGGGCUGUGUUGAUGUGCAGACAGUGGUACAUUAGACCCCUCUCUGACCCCAUAGUGACCCCAAAAAGAUUCUUCCAAAUGCCCAUCCUCACCCAUCCUCUCUCUCUCUUGUCUGACACAAGCCACAUCACUUCAAUUCUUAAGGACUCUACCAUAAAAUUGGAGAGAACUUCAUUCCUGCUCAACCUGUUUUUAUACUGAACCUUAUUCAAAUGUUUCAACAAACCCUGAAAGUUUAGCGUUUGUGUUUUGUUUAUUCUACAGACUUGGAAUAUUGGACAUCGUCAAAAUACUAUAUUGAGAAAUCAGGAAGUAACUGUGGAAUCUACAGCUGGUUUUGUAGAUUGCUACUCUGAGUCGUUGUUUAACCAAAACCUAUGGCUAGUUAUAGAGUUCCUGUGUUUUUGCAAUUGUAAUGAUCCAUCCUGUUAGUGCCAGAUAUCUCUCUAUUAUUAUCACUAUUAUGCUGUACAGUCAUUUUGAAGCUUUUUGCUACUUUUCUACCGCUUUCUUACAAGUACACCCAGAAUCCAACCAGGCUUAGCUUUACAUUUACAACUUCUGUUCUGUAAUGCUAAGCUUUCAUUUUGUAAUUCCAAGAGUAAAACGAAAGUCAUGAAACCGCCUUGUUCGGUCAGGCCAUCCCUUCCAAAUCUCGCAGAUCAGAUUCCCAGAUUCUCAGUACCUCCUACCCGUCCCUCUCACUUCCUCUCACAAACUCACCGAAAUCUCCUCGUCCUCGCGCCCCCACCCCCCCAAUAUCCCCGUCCUAUCCAACCCGAUCCAGUCAUUUCCCUCUUAUCCACCUUCCCUACAGUCAUGAUGGGGUCGGUGUAGCCUUUUAGUUCUCAUGUUUGAUGUUGUACUCAAACUGCAUUGUGAUGUGGCUAUUAGUUCUUCAAGACGUGACUUUUUAUUUAGCAUCAUGUGACUAUCUUUUAUUGUGAUGUGACGAUUAUUUUCGAAAUGAGAUUCAUUAGUGUUUUUGCUAUGGGAUGUGACCAUUCAUUGACAGACAACUUGAAACCAAAUUCUCCCCAUUCAAUCGGAAAAUAUUUCAGAACUCAUCGACGGUAAUGAGAAAAAUAAUGGAUUGCUGUGUUGAGAAAAGGAUGUUGCAUUCCAUAACAAAAUUGUUAGAUUUUCGUGACAAAGCUACUAUUAGUUUUAUGAUUUUGUUCUCUCGUACCGUGAGCAUUAGGUGUUCUCGUGAUGUAACUUAAAAUGGGUUCUCGCUACAUGACUAUUAUUUCUCCAUGAUGUAACUAUUCACUCAGUUUAUACUUUUAUAUGGAAACGGGUGUUCUGAUGUCAUGAUUUAUGUCGAAGUGACGUCAUUGCUUCAAAGUGACGUCGAGGCUUCAUGAUGUCGCAGUGGCCGUGUGUGUGAGUGUGUGUGUGUGUGCGUGUGCGUAUUUAUGUCGUCACCACAUAGCCACUGUUAUGCUAAUGUUAAAUCUAUUUUAUUCUGAGCAGUAUUGAUUCCAUGUAUUAAGUGUUCGUUGUCUAUCUGUGAUAAGUGUGCAUAAUGAUUUACAUUUUUUUCCUCAACCAAUUUAAUAUUGGUCGUCUAUGAAUACUGUCAAUAACUAGACUCAGUACAGACUUUAUUCAGUGUAUAUUAGUAUUCCAUAUGAUAAUGAUUACAUGAUAGGUUUAGAUUUUACCAAUAUGUACCGUAGGCUUUCAGAGUAUUCAAACUCGUAUUAUCAGCUUUUAUAAUGCUCUGGAUUGCUGUAUUAGAAAUGUGUGGAUAAAAAGAGAUUAUUGAUUUAGGCUCCGUCUCUGAGGCUUGGCGUUGGCUUCCUCUUUUUCUAAUCAUCACAAACAAAAAACAAACACUCAACCGUAGCUAACGAGAGGCUCCAGAGACUUCUUUCUUCAUUUGCCUAUGAAUCACCUAGGUAGGUCUUCAGUUUCCUUUUGGUGUUUUCGUUUGGAUGUCAGCAACGUAUCAAGAUGUAGUUACAACGCUAAUGUCAACCAGUGGUCAUAGUUCAAUGGCAAGUCAGUGGACUUGCCGUUUCGUUGCCUGUAACCCUUGUGCAUGUAAAGAUGUUCAAAACACAUAUACACGCAGAGACGAAGCGGCUCUCAGAUGUUCAGACACAAACACACAUAAGACACACAAAUGAGACAGCUCUCACGCCAUAGUAGAAAGCUGCCCCAGUGUCAUCAAACACAAGAUUUGUAGGAUUUUAGAACCGUGCAGUGUGUAGGGACCCCGGAUGAUGUUCGGGGUGCUUUCGGGCGAUUGACCUCCUAUAUAGCACUUAAGAGGUUUCUAACGCUCCCCCAACCCCCCCUUCCCCCUUUCAGCACCUUGCAUACUUGCAAAUGAAAAAAAAACAAGUGUGUUAACCUUCACAUUAUCACGAGCACAUCAAAUCUGUCAGUAGAAGCAGCACCAGGACGCUUUGGCACAUUAGCUCAAUCACCUGCAUUAUAACUCGAGAGUUCCAUCAGGAUCGUGUGCCGUUAUAAAGUAUACAUGGGUAUUUUCAUACAUACUUAUGUAUACCAGAUUUAUGCAUACACAAAGAAACACAUCAGCGUACUUGUGUGUGAAGUGAAGUUAAGGACCUGAUGCUGAUCAAACCGCAUUAAGAAACACAUACACGAAAAGCAGAAAGAUAUCUCGGCAUCUAAACAUAUUAUAUCCACCGCCCCGGUUCCAACUGUGCGUACCGCAGAUGCUACAACUUCAGGCGGAGAUUGUCACUCUUCAUGAAAAAAACAAAGUUGAUUUGUGGUCCAGUGUCAAUGUCAUAUGAAACACUGUAAUAAGAUUUACCACGGAAUAUUUCACAGUUACUGAAAAUUCAAAUUGCAUGAAUGUCACCCAUGACAGAUAACAUUCGGUUGUAGACUUGUGAAUUUUAUGCUAUUAACGUUGGGUCUUGUGUACUUCUUGCGGACUUUUACCUAAGCUGAACUUUGGAGGCAGAGUUACCUAAUAUGCAUCCAUUCAAAGAGUAUCCAAGAUGUAGUUUUUUUACUAAAGGGCCCUAUAGUUUAGUAAGCUCAGCUGAUGUCAGUGGUUCCACUUAACCUCCUGAGAACUUAAAAUGACAUUCAUCCAACUUCCAUCGCGUUCGGCAGAUUUGAAAAAAGCAUUAAUCCCACUUUUUGCUGAUGUAAAAAUAUACAUCUCUUCUAUAACCUUUGACAAACAGCGAGCUUGAAAUAGAAAAUAACCUUCCUCCGUCAUAGUAGGCAAACUUAAGACAAAGUAUAACUCAUUUUCCCGGGUCAUUUCUAUCUCGUUCCAAGAAUUUCAAAACUCUUAUCCCCAUUUCUUUCAAAACAAGCUUAAAACAGCAUUCAAACUCAUGUCUGCCAAAUAUGGCAACGUUAAACGAGCACUCAUUUCACCUCUGCCUCCUCCUCCGGCAGCCUUGGAAUGACACUCACCUCAUUUCAUGUUCAAAAUAAAGCUAAAAUCAGUCCGCCACGUUCGGCGCGCUAGAAAUAACAACCGCCCCCCCCCCCCCCCUUAUCUCUAUCACAUCCGACGACCCAGAAACAGCAUUUACACGCUUCUGUCACAUUUGGCAAACUUGAAGAAGCGAAUACUAAUUUCAUUUCUGUUACGUUCGUGCCACACUGAAACGUCAUCUACUACUUCUGUCAAAUCUAGUGCGUGUCACAAUCUAAAUUUAGGCCAAGUGUUAUUCAGUUUAAUAUGCCUUCACCAUCGGUUCAGCUUAGGCAAAAACAAGUACAUGACUAUUCAACAGCGGAGAUACUCAUACCUUCCCGAUAACAAAAAAUAUCACCCCGUUUAUUUCCUCCCAGUCAUAUAGAAUAGCGACAGUUUUAUAACGAUCGGUUUAGAGUUCAAAGACUUGACCAGCAGUAAAGUCCAAGAUAUAUAUACACCUUGUAUAUAUGCGUGUUCGCGUUUAUGGGCAUAUGUGUAUGUUUGUGAAUGCGUAUUCACCAAAUACACAUACAUAUCAACAUGCAUGUAUACAUAUGUACAUAAAUGCAUGCACAUGUACACUUGCACACAUAAUGCUAUUAGGUAAAAAAAAAAAUUAGUAACUUUACCGAGACAACACUUCUGUAAUUAGAUAUGCGAUGAAAAGUCAUGUAAAGGAAUAUCUUUUACACGAGAGCUUCAGAGCAUUUUAGUGACUGUGUAUGACUAGCAGCCGUAAAAGGAUACAGACUUAGCUGUAAAAGGUGUAUGGUUUUGUACACUCCAAAAUUUCGAUCAGUACCCUUGUGAAACCUGAGGAUGUAUCUUAUAGGCAACAUUUUUACGUUCCAACUUUUUUCUUUGCCUUUUUCUUGUGUACAUAAAAAAAACUACAUUUUGCUUAGGCUCUGGUCUACUACCCGCUAGAAACAAACACUUCACAAUAUUAUCAAUAAUGUAUAAGAUAAAGUCAGUUUUGAGCAUCCAUAUUUGUCAUAGAAUGUAGGAGGCAGCGCGCCUCUUAGGAAGGAAAAACCAUAUUUAGGACAAAUCCUGUUUAUUUUCAUAUUUCGGUUGAACAUGUCGGUAAACGCCUCUUAAGAAAAUCAUUAGUCGUUCGACUAAUCAAGCGCAUUUAGGAUCGAUCGUACGAAAAUCCUUUUCUUAGGGAGUUACUAUCACUAAGCAAAUGGAAGCUGUUUAGGAACUCGCUAUCACAUGUGAUCGUUUGGUAUCUGGCAUCACAGAUCACAGAGAAAUGUUGUAUAUUAGUUGGUAUCAAGGAUCAAGCAGCUUAGUUGGUUUCAAUGGUCAAUGGUGACUUAAUUAGGGAGUAGAUAUAAGUUCUUUUUGGAGUUGGUAGCAGUAAUUGUGCAAUUUUUCUGGAAGUUGGUAUCGUUGAUCGAACGCUAUUUUUGUAGCUGAUAUCAGUGACAGAAGUAGAUUUUUUUUAUAUCGUAAUAGUGAUUAUACCUGAAGUUAGUUUUGAUUUCAUAUCAAUAACCAAAUACCUGUUCUUUUUUGUAGUUGGUAUAGGUGAUCAAAUGCAUAUUCCUUUAAGAUAUGGCAACGUAUAUUCUUCAGCCAUUUGGUAUCAGUUAUAAAACAAAAGCUUUCUUGGAAGACUGCAUCAUCGAUCAAGCUGGAGUCUUGAAAUCUAUUCGAGUUAUCUCUUGAUACAGGAAGUCGAAGCACUGGUAUCUGAAAGCUCUCAAAAGAUAAUUGGCACCCGUACGAAUUCUUAAAAUCUACUGAUUGCCGAGAUUUUCCAUGGCUGAGUAUAUUGGCAUUAGUAUAAGUUGACAACGGUAUUCACAGAAAACGACUUGGGGUCUGGUAUAUCCCAAUUCCAUUAAUGAGCCUUCAAUCGCCAGUAUUUCACAAAAGGUCUUAUAGAAUUACUUUCACCUAAAAGACCAGCAAAAGAGAGAAAGAUAAUUGAAUUCCAGUCCUCUGUUAAUUCCUGACACUAUACGGCUCCCGAUACUAAAAUCUUUUUCUUAGGGAGUUACUAUCCUUAGGGAAGCUGAAUCUAUACUUGGGCAAUGCACCUAACAAGUAGAAUAACGUAGUUGUGUGUACUUCAGACAAGGUCCUGUCAAUGGAACUGACUUCUUCAGUAAGUGUGGAUUUAGAAAUCCCUUUAGAAUGAUAGCACAUCCAACGGCUUGGUUCAGGAGCCCUGUCCUAUCCUUGACAGUUGAUUUAACUACAGUUGAGUUUGGCCCUUAUCGCCCUGUUCCCCAGUGACUUCUUUGGUAACCAAGGCCAUUCCUACUCCCCUGUGGACAAGACCUUCCCUGGAUUAAACUCCAAUGUCCUGGGAUCUCCUGAGUCUCCCCAGGAGUACCCCAGGGUACUCAUUUAUUGGCACUCAUACCCUAACCUACUCUUUCCCUGAGCAUGCUGUUGUGGCUGGGUGUGGGAGGAUACUCCAUAGGGUCUCCUGUACAGGGCAGUGGGUAUUGAAGGUUUCUUUUGGGCAGCGCUAGGGCGGGAGUAUGUUGAAAUACUGGCAGGGCGAUGCCAGAUCACAUUUGACAAAUCUUUAGUCAGGGACAGAAGCAUAUUAGCCUGGCAACCAACCUCUGGGAAGAGUUCCACCGCCCGUCAGGCUACGUGUGGUCAACCGCUGGCGGGCCCGGCAAAGAAUUGAUUCCUGUGAUAGUGUCCCUAGUCAUAAGGCACGGUGGCUUUGGAAUUCUCCUCUUCUUCCUUGCAAGGUUCCUCUUACUCAUUCUUCGUCUGUUACUUGUCCUUUUCAACAUUAGUGCUUCUACAUUAUCUUCCCAAUAUGGCUUAUGAUGCUCACGCUCUUACAUCUCUCCCGAACACAUCUUCAUCUGUCUCACGCAACAGAUCACUUCGGAGGUUGACAUAGUUUUGAGAAAAAUGCAUAACUAUCCAGACUACUAGAUAUCAGAUAGAGACGAAAGAAACAUAUCACGUAGGAAGAAUGACACUUGCAUUGACUCAGAAAAUGCAAGACGUUCGUCACAAGAGAACUCAGCAUAUCCCUGUCAACUAAAACCACCUUGACUUCUUAUCUGUCUCAGCCUAUGAGCCCUCUAACGUCGCUUUGUUCUCAUUCUCUCUCCUUUCCACCCACUACUGCCACCAGAAAGGCGCCGGUCAAGAUGAGAGAUUUCAGUCAUUUGAGAUUCAGUCCUUUCUUCAAAUCAAGAUCCUUUCAACCCUUACCAGAGUUAUUGAAGCCACAGGUAUUGGGUCUCUUAGAAAAACAUCUUCCUUUAUUAUGUUUGUUCUUAUUUAAUCUAACAUCAACGCUACUGGCUGUUCCUAUUAAUCCACAUAGAAUCAAACCAUUAUGUUUAUAUAUAAUCUAAUGUGCUAUGUUUUGAAGGAAAUAUUUAUGUGAAACAGUAUUUUUAUCCAUGAUAUCUUAUUUUAUCGCACUGUCUGAAUAAAUGAACAUGUAAAAAUACUCUCAAAAGUAUGUACGUAUACAUACUUCAUAUGUGCAUUUAUAUGCACAUACACAUAUACAUACAUAUUGCAUACAUGCGCGUGUGAAUUUAAGCUUGUUCGUAUGCAUAUUUAUGCCUGUGUAGGCAUACGUGCAUGCGCACAUUCAUAGAUUAGUACAUUUAUGUGUAA